AACAGGAGCGCGAAAAGAGAGAGGGGUUCUCCUGUAGACUCUCCGUCAUCGACGCGCUCCGUCCGUGCCCGUUGGAGAGAUUCGUGCAAGUAGGAGACCAAAGGUGCUUCGCGUGUUUGCGUCACUCCGUCGGACCAUGCCAGGCACGGUGGCCGUCAACCUGCGUCAGAUGCCCAUGUCGCGGACUUUUCUACGUGCGAUGCCAGAGUUUAGGUGCGCGCGAACGGCCAAGCGACGCCUCUUCGACGAAGUGGACCACGAGCAGCUUCAGCGCGACCUCGAAGAAGAGAACCGUGCCCUAGUCGCUCGCUUCGCCGAAGCUUACAACUUCGAUCUGAGCACGGAGACGCCCCUGCCGGGCCGCUUCGAAUGGCAGAGCGUCGGAGAACGGGCCGCGGCUGCUUCUGCGAGCCGCGCGUCGGAAGCAGGGGACGCCGUCGUUGCUUCGGAAACAGGGGACGCCGAGCCUGCUGCGAUAGCGCAGCGACCCCAGCGACCAGUUUCGCCCGCUAGGCAACGUCUCAUCUCCGACUACUUCCAGGUGCGCAAGAGACUUCCGCUCGCAGAGAAGAGUGCCCAGCAGCCCCCGGCCAAGAUGGCGAGACUGAUGAUGGCGCCAGAGAGUGUGCCCUAGCCGGAGGGGGUUGAAACCACCGAGCGGCAAAAUCGCAGCGACACCGCCCGAUGAAGAAACCCCCGUGCCUUCUUUUUGUGUGUGUGUGCCCGCUCGUGGGCGAUGAUGAAUGAUCUCAAUGGCUGCUGCCCCCCCCCCCCCCCGCCCUUCAUCCUUUUUUAACGUUCUCCAAGCUCUGAAGGACGUUACACCUUGCAAGGUUGCGGAAAGUCGCGCAAACAGUCACAUCAGCAGCGCAGUGCCGCAGGUUGCUUUGCCUUUUACAAAAGGAGCGCCGCGUGCAACGUUGCCAAUUACAGGAAUCCCCACUGUAACCACUAGGGUUAAUGCACACUGGCGACUUGAACGUAGCCUCCGUGAUUAGCUCCGCGUUGCCGGAGCUGAUUGCAGAGGCCACGCUCAGAGAGGUCACGCCACCGUAGUUAUCGCAAAUGUUUUGGCGCAUCAUCCUAAGUUUAAAAGUGACCAGUCGCGAUGAAACGCUUUUGAUCAAAAAGCAACUGUUUUAGCUCGCCGCGUUGCAACUGCGAAAGCGAGUGAUUUACUGAAAUCGAGUGACACUGAGUGUGCCAGAACAUUGGCGACCAAGUUGGCGACCAAGUCUCCAACUUGGUGGUUAACUGGCGACUAAGUCGUCAGAGUGAAUGUGCGUUCAGAUGAUGUCCAGCAAAAAAAAAAAAAGAAAAAAAAAACGGCGCUAAAAGCGCAGGCUGUCCUGUAAGUUGUGCUCUCGUCGAUCCCGGUGGGAUGUGGUGCUAGCCAACCUUGCAACACGUCUUCGAGGCCAUAGACUACGUGCCACGGGCAGCCAGUACCGGUGUUUUGACCCGUCCUGGACUGACUGAGGCCUUCGAAGUGGCUAGCAGUCGCAUCUACGUGUGUGAGCCUUACAGCCGCGACUGCCUUAAGAGGUGUAACGCAAACUUCCUUUCCUUUCCCCUGGAGUGAACACAUACGCCCCGUACCUGAUCAGAGAGCCGUCACCGACCACCCCUUCGAGUUCCUAACUCCAGCCCACCCAGUGUUUAACGUCGUCGUACCCUUUUCCACGAUCUCAGACACACAAACUCACACAGAAAAGGGGAGCGCCGUCUUUUUUUCUUUCCUCGUCUCCUUUCCUUUUUUUUAAACAACAAAAGUAUGUAGCAUUUUUAUUUUGUUUUUUAUCGAUUUUAUUGAUGAGUAUGCACCUUUGUUGGUU